AUGGUUGCCUCCACGGUUGAAUACACCAACGAAAAUUCCAAGUCAGGACUUGAAAACAUCGUCAAGUCUGAAUCACUUAACUCAUCCGAUGAAAUCUCUGAUGCUCCAUAUAAGUACGAUGCCGAUGCCAGAAAGCAAAGAUUAGCUGGUGGUACCAAUAUCAGAGAUAUCUUCGUUAUCUUAUGUGCUGGUUUCGCAUUGAUCUCUGAUGGGUAUCAAAACAAUGUUAUGACCAUGUUGAAUCAAGUUUUUACCUUGAGAUUCCCGAAGGAAUAUAACGCUAGCAUGAAGACUCAAGUUUCUAAUGCUUCCCUUGUUGGUACUAUUUUCGGUCAAGUAGCUGUUGGUUUAACUACUGAUUACAUGGGUAGAAAGUGGUCCAUUAUUAUUGCUACUCUCUUUGUAAUUUUAGGAACAAUUAUGUGUGCUGCCUCUCAUGGUUCCACUGUCAAUGGGUUACUUUGGAUGUUAACUAUUUCUAGAGGUGUCACUGGUUUCGGUGUUGGUGCUGAAUAUCCAUGUUCUUCUGUUUCAGCCAAUGAAGCUGCCAAUGAAUCUGUUAAGAGAAGAGGGGGUGCCUUUGUUCUUUGUACCAACUUGCCACUUUCCUUUGGUGGUCCAUUUGCUCUUAUCAUCUUUUUAAUUGUUCACAAAAUCACUGGUAGUCAUUAUGAUGCUCUUUGGAGAACUAUGUAUGCAAUUGGUGUCUUCUGGCCACUUUCUGUCUUUUACUUCAGAGUCAAGAUGUCUACCUCUGUUUUGUACAAGGAAUCAGCCAUCAAGAAGAGAGUUCCAUAUUGGUUGGCCCUUAAAUACUAUUGGCCAAGACUUUUGGGAGUUUGUGGAUGUUGGUUCUUGUAUGAUUUCGUUACCUUCCCUAACGGGAUCUUUUCUGCUGGUAUUAUUUCCAAUGUUUUGAAAGGUCCAGCCAAGAGUGAUUUGGAAAAGAUUGCUGAAUGGAAUUUACUUUUAGGUAUCCUUGCUAUUCCAGGUUGUUUCGUCGGUGCCUACUUGUGUGACAAAAUUGGUCGUAAGUAUACCUUGAUUGCGGGAUUUGCUGGUUACAUUGUCUUUGGUUUGAUCGUUGGUAUUGGUUACCACAAGAUUUCCAACAUCACUGGUUUAUUUAUUGUCUUUUACGGUUUGAUGAUGUCAAGUGGUAACAUGGGUCCUGGUGACAUGAUGGGGUUGACUGCUUCUGAAUCAUUUGCCACCCCAAUCCGUGGUACUUGUUACGGUAUUGCUGCUGCUAUUGGUAAGGUUGGUGCUGUUGUGGGUACCAGAACCUUCACUCCUAUCCAAAACAACUUGGGUAAGCAAUGGACUUUCAUCAUUGCUGCCAUUUGUGGUUUGGCUGGUGUUCUUGUUGCCUUCUUCUUGGUUCCACACUUGAGGGACGACGAUUUGUUAGAAGAAGAUAUUAAAUUUAAGAACUAUUUGGUUUCCCAAGGCUGGGAAGGUGAAUUUGGUACUGUUCACCAUAAUGCUACUGAAUCUGAUAUUGAAGCUUUAAAAUAA